AGACGACUAGAUCCAAACGCACGUUUAUUCAGAUCAAUCCAAGUAAGAUGAAUAUGGAGACGGCAGAUUUAAGUCCUACCGAAUGGCUUGAAAAAUUCAUUAUAAUUUCGAAAGAAGAACUUGAGUUAUCAAAAGAAUCCUCAGAUGACGAUGAUGAAGAUGAUGACGAUGAUAAUGAAGAUGAUGAUUCUGAAGAUAAUGACAAUGAUGAAGAUGAUGACGAUGAAAAUGAUGAUGACGAUGAAGAUGAUGAUUCUGAUUCUGACGAUGAUAAUAAAAAUAGAAAAUAUUAUAGCGAAAAACUAAAAACACAGUAUGAUUUGCGUAUGAUUCGCAUAGCUCCUCUAUUUGCUAGUCAACCACGACUCAAAAAAAUAUGCAAAGAUUGGGCAAACGAUUUUCUUCCUUCAUGCUUUACAGAAUAUUCAUUUAAAAGCGAUGGGAAUGAAACAGUUAAUGAAUUACAUGAAAAAGCAAAUGAUCUAAAGUACCUAAUUAAUCUCUGUGGAACUAAUUUAACUCGUCUAAAUGUAAGACGAUAUCUUAUUUCUCAAAUGAUGCCAAUAAUCAAUGCUAAUUGUCCAAAUCUUUGGGACCUUGCAUCAGGAUUCGAAGAAAUAAUGAGUCAAGAUUUUGAAAAUUGUUUUUCCAAUAUGCCUAAACUUACAAUGCUGAAGAUUGACUGGAAAUGUAAAAAUUCAACUCUACCAAUGACUUUAGCCAAGUCAUUAGAAAAAGUUGGUGAAACCUUGACAAAUUUAGAACUUGUAUGUCGCUUACAAGGAAAUGAUUUGUUCUCACCAGAUUCAUUGGCUUCGGUAUUUCCUCGACUAAUCGUUUUGAAACGUUUAGAAAUAGAUGGUUUUGGACUAAGUCAACUAUUACUCCAGUCGAUAGGUGAAAUAAAAAAUUUGGCUUAUCUAACUUUAUCGUUUUGUUGGCCGAAAAAUCAUCCAAUGUUGGAUACAAGAAUCAAUAUGUAUCCAAUUGGGAAUUUAAAAAAUCUCGAGAAGUUACAUAUUGAGUGUGAUUAUGGUGUUAGAGAUGAAUUUUUAAUUAAUCUUUGUAACAAUGCUAAAAAAUUAACGGAUUUAUCUAUAACUGGCACAAAUAUAACUGAUAUUGGUAUGAGUGCAAUUAAUAAUUUAGAACAAUUAAAAGGUUUCAAUCUUUGUUUAUUUAAAUAUCAUGGUCCAUCAAACAAAAAUGAAUUUAUCACUGAUGAAUCAAUGCAAUGUUUAUUUAAUAAAAAAUUGGACUACUUGAAUAUAUCAAAUUGCAUUAAUAUUACUGAUAAAGCGGUAUUUAAACUUGUUGAAAAUUUACCAAAUUUAAGUUAUUUAGUAGUUAAAAAUACAAAGGUAACUUCUGAAGCUACCAUGAAAAUAUGGAACUUAACAAAACAUUGUCAAGAACCAAUUGCAAUUGAGCUGUAAUUGAUUAUUUUUAAAUCCUCAUACCAGAAUCAAAUAAUGUUUUUUUUUUUAGUCUAAAGAUUAAAAUAAAUCAAUUUUUCAAUAUAUUUAUAACGACAAUUAGAAUAGAAUAUGUAUUAUAG